AUGGGUUGUGGAACAAGCAAAAUGAAAGUAAAGGACCAAGUGGUUAAAAUCUGUACAGUAUCCGAAAUCAAGGUGCAGCCAUCAACUUUUGUAGUAGAAAAUGAACAUAAAUUCCAAGAAGUCUAUAAAUUAGGCAAAAAAUUAGGAUCAGGAGCCUUUGGAGAUGUCAAGCUGUGCUUCCAUUUAACUACAGGCACUGAAAGAGCAGUAAAAAUAUUUCGAAAAGAUCUUGCUAUAGACGAAGACAAGCAAAAGCUCUUGAUGAACGAGCUAGAUAUCCUUAAAACACUCGACCAUCCUAACAUUAUCAGGGUUUACGAAUUUUUCGAAGAUUCCAUGCGUUUUUAUAUUGUGAUGGAAAAUUGCAAAGGGGGAGAAUUAUUUGGAGAAAUUCUUAAGCGGCAAAACUUCAAUGAGUUACAAGCUGCGCAAAUAAUGUGCCAAUUAUUUUCUGCGGUUUCUUAUCUUCAUGAGCAUUGUAUAGCACAUCGAGACAUUAAGCCUGAAAAUAUCCUACUAGAAGAACAAGGAGAUAUUUCAAAUAUUAAACUGAUUGAUUUUGGUGCAAGUGAGCGAUUUACGAAAGGUGUGCCAAUCGAAGGAACCCUUGGGACUGCGUAUUAUAUUUCCCCAGAAGUUCUUUCUGGGACUUAUAAUGAAAAAUGCGACUUGUGGAGCUGCGGGGUGAUUCUUUAUAUUUUGCUAUGCGGACGACCUCCUUUCGAUGGGAAAACAGAUGAAGAAAUAAUAGAAAACGUGAAAAGAGGGAAAUUUACUUUCAAAGGAGAAAUUUGAAGAACUGUUUCAAAAGCUGCCAAAGACAUGAUCUCAGCCCUUCUAUGUCCUGCUUCUACUCGAUUAUCUGCUGCCCAAGCUUUAGAGCACAUCUGGAUGACCCGAAAUGUUUCCGUAGCAUCUCCACAUCCUGAUCUAAUGCAGUCAGCCUUAACAAAUCUUCAGCGCUUUGAAGCUUCAAACAAGUUAAAAGACGCAAUCCGAGCUUUUAUAACGACACAAUGCUUAUCUCUAAAAGACACAAAAUCAUUGAGAGAUAUUUUCAUUGCAAUGGACACAAAUCAUGACGGUAAACUAAGCAGGGAUGAACUGAUGGAACAGUUUGUCAAAAUUAUGGGCGCAGAAGCAGCAGAUGAAGAAGUGACCAGAAUUAUGGCUGAAGUUGAUACUGAUAAUAGUGGGUUUAUUGACUAUUUUGAAUUUUUAAAGGCAACGAUGGAUCAGAAAGUGCUGGUCUCAAGUGAAAAUAUGAAGCAUGCUUUCGAUGCGUUUGAUGAAGAUGGAAAUCAGUCUAUUUCAGCUCAAGAAUUGAAAAGGAUGCUGGAAGGCAAAGCUACUUCAGAAAACAAAGUUUGGAGCACCAUAAUUGAUGAAGUUGACAAAAACGGAGAUGGAGGGAUUGAUUAUAAUGAAUUUCAAGAGAUCAUUGUUAGUCACCUAUAA